UCGCGUCCCCAGGUCGAGCCCACCCAGCACCGCCAGCCACUCAAUCACACUGCACCGCACACACCACGCUUCCCGUGUGUCGUUGUUGUUGUAAACCAUGUCGAGAUCGAGGGCCGACUUCGAAAGCGAGCAGUUCAACGAAGAAUCCCCACUGAGCAAGAAGCGAAGACUCGGUAGCGGUAUCGACGAUGAUGCCUUGGAAGGCUUGACCAGCUACGGGAACGGAGACGGGGGCGGUAGCACCUUCGCCAUCAACGACGACGACGACGAUGCCCUCGACGAAGGCGGCGCUGCUGCUGCUGACGCCGCAAGCCCGGACGCAGUCGGCAGCGGUGGCGGUGACGGCGGGGGCACAGCAGUCGGUAAGAACAAGAAGAAGCCGUGGAAGGUGCAUGCCAGUGCUGGCGGCGGGAAAAUGCACGACGCCAACCUGUACCGUCACUACCGCCCUGACUUCCGUGAACUGGCGAGGGAGUAUCCGGACACGUUCGGCCCCCACGUUCGGGACGACCCGGACACGGGUCGCGCGACGAUCGACUGGGCGGACCCCGCCGCCAUGAGGGAGCUGACCCGCGUCAUGCUCCGGCACGACUUCGGGCUGCGGGAGUGGGACGCGCCCCUCGACCGCCUGUGCCCCCCCGUGGCCAACCGCCUCAACUACGUCUGCUGGCUCUCGGACCUCAUGAAGCUCUCGCCGCCGUCGGUGUCAUCGCGGCGGCAUUCUUCGUCACCGGAGGACGCGUCAGGCGAGGAAGGUGGGGGAGGGGGGAUGAACUCGGCGCAGAGGAACCUGCUUCUGUACGGGACCACGCGCGGGGUGGAGGAUGAUGGCGGGGAAGGUAUGGCCGUGUGCGACGACGACGACGACGACGCCGACGUCGACGGCGACUUGGACCAGACGACGGGGGGGCCGAAGAAGCCUAGCCGUAGAGGCGUCGACGUGGGCACGGGCGCGUCUUGCAUCUACCCGCUUCUGGGUGCAAGGGUGGCGGGGUGGUCGUUCCUGGCGACAGAGAUUGACCCCGUUUCGGCCGAGUGGGCAGAGAAGAACGUUCGUUCCAACGACCUGCAGGAGCAAGUUGAGGUUCGGCUGGUCCCUUCGCCUGCGGCUGGUGGCGAUGACGAGGCUUCGCCCGGGCCGCUGCUGGCCGCACUGAGAGAAGAAGACGGAGACUUCGACUUCUCCAUGACGAACCCGCCGUUUUUCGAAUCUGCAGACGAGAUGUUUCAUUACGAGGGAGGUGUAUUGGGUACUGCUAGAAAUGCAAAUGUGAAGAAUCCUGACACGGCCACGGGAGACAUGGCCGCCGCAGGGGAGGUGGCGUGCCACGGAGGGGAGGUGGCCUUUGUGACGGCCAUCAUCAGGGACAGUCUCCGCCUCAGGGAGCGGGUGCGAUGGUACACGAGCAUGGUCGGGAAGAAGGCCAACGCAAGGAAACUCCUGCGGGUCUUGCGAGAGUCCGGAGUCAAGAACACCCGGACGACGGAGUUCUUCCAGGGCAGGACCGUCCGAUGGGGGCUGGCGUGGUCGUUCACCUCGGAAGGCAUGGUCGGCGGCAAGGUCCCGGACGACCCCAACGUCAAGGUGCUCUCCAAGAAGAAGGCUGCGGACAGGACGCAGCACAGCCUUCGCAGUUUCUCCGCCCCUCUCCGCCCCUCCUCUCCCGCCGAUACACCAACCGGUGGAAACCCCGGCAAGGCUGCCGAAGCGAUUGGCGGGCGAAGUGGUGGAGCGGAUCAUCCGGUCGUUAAGAUAACCGUCCCGGCCAACCUCCCUAAGGACGCGGACGACGUCGUGGCAAGGCUGAAGAGCUCGAUGAUGGCCUUCAAGCAGGCCGACGUCAAGGUUCGAGCGAGCGACGAGGACUCCAGCACCUCGACCGUCGCCGACGGUGCUCACCGCUUUUGGUGUGAGGCGCGUCUGCGUUCCGCCGCCGCUGGAGGAGCAGGAGCAGCAGCAGCAGCGGAGCAGGCGACGACAACCACAGUGGCGAUCGCGGCUACCCCGCUGCUCUUCGCGUUUGAGCUGGAGGUCCACUGCGCGGCGGAAUGGGCCGGCGCAGCCGCGGCACGGGCCGCGGUUCAGGUGUGGGCGCGGUUCCAAGAGGGAGGCGACAGAGGCGCCUUCCACCGGCUGUGGGAAACGCUGCAGAUGGACGUGCUCAGACAGAACAGGCGCUGGAGGAGGGAGAUGACUAGGGAGGCUGCCGGAGGACGAUGAGCAAAGAACCGAAAAUCGGCCGGCGGCGGGAGGCGAUACUGUAGGAAGUGACGGCAUGAUUUUCUGCGGCGGGUGUAGGGAACGGGCGGCGGGCGUUUCUCAGUUUGGUGGGUGUGCGCUGCUGUUGUGUUGUCACCUUUCGCCAGCACGUGACUGAGAUAUUUGGUUUUGGAAUGGUGGUCGGCAUUUGGUGAGUCGGAAUGGCGACAAAGGCAGAUUCUCGGCACAGACAUGAGUCGAGGGCGCGUUGUCUUGAAUGAUGCACGUGCCAGACGGAGGAUACCGCUGUGAAGUGGAAAGGCAACAAAGGCGGAUUUCUCGGCACCGACAUGAGUCGAGGGGUGCGUUGUCCUGCAUGAUUGAAUACACGUGGCAGACCAGGGACAGCGGAUUGGCGUCACCCUCCGCUAGAUCUGUUGAAGUAGAGGCCUUCCGGCGAGAAUACCCAUUGUGCUCUUGUUUGAUUGGUGAACCCAUCGUCCUAUGCCUGUAUGAUGGUGUGGAGGAGGAACGCGCCCGGCCGGCGAAACUAGACGACUACAAAUAGAAGUAUAGAAGUAGUACUUCUGAGGUGCUUCACUGGCUUCGUUUGCACGUAGGUCUGUCGGUGUUUACAUGGAUGCAGAGGCGAGUUGUUUCUGUUCGGCUCGUUGUGCUCGCAGUGCAUCGAGAUACGCAUGCAGCUAGAACGGCAGAAUGCAGUUAUUGCGGAGAGUCGAACAAAUGGUCGUCGAGCGAUUGUAGGCUGAAAAUGCCGUACUCGAAGAAGAGGGGUCCGGCACAUGUU